UGCCUCUCCCGGGCUCUGGGAGGGCUCAGGGAGCGGUGGUGAACUGCAGCAGCUCAGCGGCACCGUGAGAGAGGCACCGUGUCCCCUCGGCGAUGGAGCGCGGCGGGCCGGAGCUGCCGGCGGCCGCUGUUCCGCAGAUAGAAACAGAUGACCAAACAGCUUUGGUUAGUAAGCCCAAGAAUAAAGGAGGAAACAGUAAUCUGGCAUCAGCUGGUUUUAACAUUAUCAACUCCAUCAUAGGAUCGGGCAUUAUAGGGUUGCCAUAUUCAAUGAAAGAAGCUGGUUUUCCCUUAGGCAUACUGCUUCUGUUUGGAGUUGCCUAUAUCACAGAUUAUUCCAUUAUAUUACUGAUCAAAGGAGGAAAUCUCUCUAGUACCAACACCUAUCAAGAGCUGGUCAGAAAAACAUAUGGUCUUAUAGGUUAUCUAAUUCUUUCAACUCUUCAAUUUUUAUAUCCAUUUAUUGCUAUGAUUAGUUACAACAUAAUAACAGGAGACACUUUAACUAAAGUUUUUUUGAGAAUUCCUGGAGUUGGACCAGAUAAUAUACUUACAGAUCGUCACUUCAUAAUUCUUCUUACCACCAUCAUCUUUACCUUGCCUUUAUCUUUAUAUCGUGACAUAGCAAAAUUGGGAAAGGUAUCUCUUAUUUCUCUGAUUUUAACCGUUGUCAUCCUGGUUAUUGUGAUGGUGAGGACAGUAACAUUGGGUCUACAGGUACCCAAAUCAGAAAAUGCAUGGAUAUUUGCAAAAUCAAAUGCAGUACAAGCCAUUGGGGUGAUGUCAUUCGCAUUCAUCUGCCACCAUAACAGCUUUUUAAUAUAUGGCUCUCUGGAAGAACCCACAUUAAACAACUGGUCUCGAAUCACACAUGUGUCUGUCUCCCUUGCUGUUGUUAUCAGUGUACUAUUUGCUGCAUGUGGGUAUAUGACUUUUACAGGAUACACAGAAGGAGAUAUAUUUGAAAACUACUGUAGAGAUGACAACCUUGCUACAUUUGGGAGGUUUUGUUAUGGAGUUACUGUAAUUCUGACCUUCCCCCUUGAAUGUUUUGUGACCAGAGAGGUGAUUGCCAAUGUGUUUUUCCAUGGGAACCUCUCAACAGUUUUCCAUAUUGUUGUGACAGUAAUUAUCAUUGCUGUGGCAACUGGUGUAUCAUUAGUGUAUGAUUGCCUUGGAAUAGUUUUAGAGCUGAAUGGAGUUCUGAGUGCUACCCCACUUGUUUUUAUCAUCCCAACAGCGUGUUAUCUAAGGCUGUCCAAAGAGCGGUGGAACCAUUCGGAUAACCUCAUAUCCUGCCUGAUUCUUGUUAUUGGUGUGCUAGUGAUGACAGUUGGGUUUGUUUUGACUCUCUUGCAUCCCCAGGAAUGCAGCCAUGGAAAAGAAAUGUUCUACUGCUUCUCUAGUAAUGUUUCUUUUCACAACAGUACACUUCCCCCUUAGGUAACACGCCAGUCUGAAUGAGAUCAGGUGUGUCUUCCAGCAAGCCAUAUAGUCCAGUUUAAAGGUGCCUGGAACAAAGAUUUUAUGUUUUCCUAUGCACUAAUAAUUUUAAUCUGUAUAACCGUAUUUAUAUACUUUACGUUGGCAUCCUUUUUCUGAUAAAAACUUAGCUUUUAACUGUUGAAACAAAUUCUCAGAGGUGUCUUGCAGUAGACAUUAGUUGCUUAACUUGCAAACCUUCCAAAAAAGCUUAAUUUGUUAGUGAGUCACCAAUGCAACUUAAAAAUUAUAGGUGAAAUGUGUAGGAAUGUAAACAUUUCCCAUGUUUCUUUGCUUUUGUUAUUUUUUCUUAAUUUUUAUUAAUUUUGUAGUGAUUAAAUGUAUAUUUAUUAGCAUACUAUAAUAUGUUGUUUUUUUUUUAAGUCCUGAAAAAGAGUAUGUCUGGGUCUCUCUGUGUCUUAAACUCGUGUGGUUAAAUUGCAAAAAAUCUAUUAAUUCUGUAUUUGAUUUUGCAAUAACUGUUCUUUAGUGCUGAAAGCACCCCUUUUACUGGCUUUCCAGUUAACAGCAAUUUUGUAUUACAAUUGAACUGUAACUGAUAUAAUUCAACUGUAAUUGUUACAAUUAUUGGUUUUCUUAUUAAAAAAAAAUAUUGCAUGAA